GUGGCCCCGCAGUCCUGCACCCUCGUUGUUACACGGCACUGACAUGUGGGGCAUCCCAUUGUGGGGAACACUUGUCAGGCGCAUUGGCGCAAGGAAAGGCUUUAAAAGCUUCCGAGCACUGACGACUGACGAGGACGCGCCGCGCGGGGGGGAGCUUCGUUUCCUUCUCGUCCUCGCUCUCUUUUCAGAGAAGGCUUUUCAGUCAAAGCAGGGGGGCGCAUAGUUCAUGGAAUGUCUCAAGUUGGAUUCCUCAGAUUUCUUCGUGGAGGGCGAUGCAAUCGAUAGCCCAUUGGAUAUCCAUCUCGAGUCCGAUAGCUUGGCAGCCACCAAAGCUGUGCCGGAUCAUCGCCGGUAUGCUCAGCUUCAUUGCAGUAAUGCCCCGGAUCCGCCUCCGCUGCCCGGAACUUCGUAUGGCGCGCGGAGGAGUUCUAGGAAGGCGAAGACUUGCAGCCGUGUCCCUGAAGAGGUCCUGGAUUCCUGGGACAAGCUAUUUUUAGAGGGAUACCAGGCUGAUCUCCGUGUUUCCAUAGAUGAUGGCACUGAAAUUCUGUCGCACUCUUGUGUUCUUGGUGUCAAAUCUCCUGUUCUGAGAGCUAUGUUGGAAGACGCUAAACUGAAACAUGGUUUUCGGUGCAUCCGAAUUUCUGGUGCGCCUUCAGAUGCAGUCCAUGUUUUCAUCAGAUUUCUUUACUCUUCACGUUUUGAGCAGGAACAGAUGAAGAAGCAUGUUCUGCACUUGCUUGUACUCUCCCAUGUUUUCUCGGUUUCAUCUAUGAAGACGGUUUGCAUCGACCAGCUUGAGAGGAAUUUCCUUGCACCUGACAACGUUGUAGACAUCCUGCAACUUGCCGGAUUAUGUGACGCGCCCCGGCUCUCCCUCGUCUGUACCCGUAUGAUCGUUGGGGAUUUCAAGACUGUCUCUCUGACAGAUGGGUGGAAAGUAAUGAGACGGGUCAACCCGAGCCUGGAACAGGAGUUGCUCGAGUCUCUUGUCGAAGCUGAUACAAAAAGGCAGGAAAGAGCUAAAAGGAUUGAAGAAAAGAAGGUCUAUCUGCAACUGUACGAAGCAAUGGAGGCUCUAAUCCACAUAUGCCGAGACGGAUGCAGGACGAUCGGGCCCCGAGACCAAGCGCUCAAGGGCAGCCGAGCAGCCGUCUGCAAGUUCCCAGCCUGUAAGGGCAUCGAGCUGCUCGUGCGCCACUUCUCAACCUGCAGCGUUCGGGUGCCUGGUGGCUGUGCAAACUGCAAGCGCAUGUGGCAGCUCCUUGAGCUGCAUUCUCGCAUGUGUUUCACUCCAGACACCUGCAAGGUUCCCCUCUGCAGGCAUUUCAAGGAGAAAAUGCAGCAUCUGGGCCGGAAGGAGGAGACCAAAUGGAACCUUUUGGUGUGCAAGGUGCUGGAGAGCAGAGGAACCAUGGGUUUUAUAUCUGCAAGGACAAAGUUCUCAACCCUAAAGCCUGAUGGGAGAAGCCACGCGGCUCCUCGCCUUGUGGGACCCGUUUGAGACAUAGGAAGAGGUUGUGUGCAGAGGAGUUCAGUUUCAACAGGAACGGGGGAUUCUCACUCAGGCCAAAAAGGUAGGGCGCACCAAUGCAAUUAAGAAGAAACGCAGGUCGCAGAGUUGUAAAUUGUAAUGUGAUAAUAAGAACUCUUGACAAUUUGAGAGCGUCCAUGAAGACUGGCUAUGGAACGAGAAGAAAACAUCAGACCUGAAACAUCAAAGUAACCCUGAAUAUGUCCAGUACAGCAGUUCUAAACUCA